UGUGACAUUUGUUCUUAUUGGUUAAAGGGGUGGAGAGAUAUUUGUGUAAAAUUUGUGUCUCUGAUUGCUCGUCUGCUUAUUUGUCAUCAUCUCCCUCAAAGAAGUAUCUAUUUCUGGUCUUCUUCAUAGUACACUUGCCCAUCUGAUGAGCUAGAAAGAAAGAACGAAGGAAAGAGUCGUAAAUGGCUGCAGCAACAAAAUCUUCGAUCUUUGCGGCGUCCACACAACCUUUUCCUACCACACCGUCCAUUUUUGGUAGCAAAGCAAGCCCACCUGUUUCAAACACUCUUGCUAGCAGUUUUCGGGGUUCAUCGUUGGCGAGGUGUCCUUCGAUAAGGAAGAAAGUUGUGAAGGGCAAUGCGAAAGUCAGUGCUGCUGCAACAACUUUUGCACCAACUCCCUGUAGAGGAACCCAAAGAGUUCUCACUACCCUCAUGGGCUAUGUUUGAACUUGGGAGAGCUCCUGUGUAUUGGAAAACCGUGAACGGUCUUCCUCCUACCGCUGGAGAAAAGCUAAGGAUUUUCUACAACCCAGCUGCAAAUAAAAUUGUCCCAAAUGAAGAAUAUGGGAUUGCAUUUAAUGGAGGUUUUAAUCAGCCUAUAAUGUGCGGCGGUGAGCCAAGGGCAAUGCUUAGUAUAAACCGAGGCAAAGCCGAUUCCCCAAUGUAUUCCAUCCAAAUAUGUAUUCCCCGGCAUGCCCUGAACUUAAUCUUUUCGUUUACAAACGGAGUUGAUUGGGAUGGUCCUUACAGACUACAAUUUCAAGUUCCCAACGGUUUGAAGAACAAACCGAUUGAAUUCUUUAACGAGGGACUAGCAGAAGAGUUGAGUAAAGACGGUGCAUGUGAGAGAGCAAUCUUUCCUGAUACGUUUGUUGUCGUAACAAGAUGCAAUAUGAUUGGGAAUUUGACAGUUGAAGGAGGCGAUCGUUGCAACCUUAAUCUCGUACCAGGAUGCACAGAUCCCAGUUCACCAUCCUACGACCCGCUUGCCAAUGUGGAUGACGGAUCAUGCCCAAUGGAGCUAGAGUAGCAUAGUGCAGUCAGUAAUACAUGCCCAUCUUACUCGUAAAUAUGUCACGGUGUGUAGUACAUAUACGGUAUCUGUCUAGAAAAUGCCUGUCUUAUUGAGGAAACUACACUGAGAUUGUUGGUUUCAUAGAGUUUAUACAAGUCAUAGUUGCAAUCUCA